AUGCCACCCAAGCGCAUGACUGCGAACCCGGUCAAGCCGGGACGCUACUUCCCCGGCAAGGCCGUCCCCCAAGAGGACUCAUCAGACUCGGACGCGAGCGAUGACGAGAACACCACCGCGAAGGACGACGACACCAAGGCCCGCGCGAUCAAGCCGCCGCCAAAGGCAUCGAGCGCCGCCAAGAUCGCCAGCAACCUCAGCAAAGUCAACCUCGACGAACGGAGGCGCGAGGCGCAGGACAAGGAGAAUCAGAGGAUAGCACGCGAAAAGGCGGAGCGACUCGCCGCGGAAGAGGGUUUCGUCACGGAAGAGGAGGAAGAAGAGGGAGAAGAUGAUGACGAAGGCGACGAAGAGAGCUCCAGCGAGGAGGAAAGCAGCAGCGAAGAAGAAGCCCCCCGCCGCCUCAUGAUCCGACCCAAAUUCAUUCCAAAGAACCAGCGCAACGCAGCAGCGGCAGCCACCAAAGGACAGCCGUCCACCAAAGACGACGAGACGCGCCAGGCAGAAGAAGAAGCCCGCCGCAAAGCCGCCGCCGACGCCCUCGUCGAAGAACAAAUCGCAAAGGACCUCGCCGCCCGCGCCGCCGGCAAGAAGCACUGGGACGACGACGAGGCCUCGGGCUCCGACGUCGACACGACAGACGACCUCGACCCGGAGGCCGAACUCGCCGCCUGGCGCCUCCGCGAGCUCAAACGCGUCAAGCGCGAGCGCGACCGCAUCGCCGAGCAGGAGGCCGAGUACGCCGAGCGCGAGAGGCGGCAGAACCUCACGCAGGAGGAGCGCGACGCCGAGGACGCGGACAAGAUCGCCGCGCAGCAGGACGAGAAGGACGCCAAGGGCAAGAUGUCGUAUCUGCAAAAGUACUACCACAAGGGCGCGUUCUACAGCGAGGAGGCCAAGGCGUACGGGCUCGACAAGCGCGAUCUCAUGGGCAUGCGGAUCGCGGAUGAUGUCAAGGACCGCAGCGCGCUGCCGGAGUACCUCCAGAAGCGCGACAUGACGAAGCUUGGACGCAAGGGCGGGACGAAGUACAAGGAUCUCAAGAGCGAGGAUACGGGACGAUGGGGCGAGUUUGAUGACCGGCGUGGCGGGGGUGGUAGUGACCGGAGGAGAGGUGGAUUCGAUAGGGAUGUGGACGAGCGGUUCCGGCCGGAUAAUGACCGCGAGGUCAACGGUGCCAACGCCAUUCCCUUGGGUGACCGCAAGGCGCCUUCAGGUGGUGGCAGAGGUGAUCGGACCGGCGGAAGCGCAGCCCGUCACGCGAGAGAGAGCGCUACGACAGCGACAAGCGGAGGCGCGUGGACUCUAGAUAAUAUCACCGAAGAAGAAAAAGGCAGUGGUCGUCAUUGCAAAAUGUAUUAA